GAGCUGCGGUGCCUGCAGAUGUCGGCCUUCGCCAACCGCAGCUGGGCGCGCACCGACGGCCUGGGGCUGCUCGGGGGGCUGCGCGCCUACAGCUUGAGCGACGGCGCGGACGCCGUGCGCUUCCUCAAGCCCUGGGCGCGGGGCUCGCUCGACCCGCGGCGCUGGGACAGCUUGCAGCACCUGUUCCGCGUGUACCGCUGGAGCUUCACCCGGGACGUGCAGGAGUUCGUCAAGAUGCUGCGCCUGGACUAUCCCUUUGAGAUCCAAGCGUCGGUUGGCUGUACGGUUCUCCCCGGGAACACCUCGCAAAGCUUCUUCCAAGCAGCCUUCCAGGGAGAGGAGAUCCUCAGCUUCCAAGGAU